AUGGAAUCCAUUGUUAAUUGCCAGCUCUUGAGGUAUCUAGAGGGCCACCAGCUGAUUAGCGAAUAUCAGUACGGCUUUCGUCGUGGUCGUUUGGCUGGUGACCUUCUUGUAUACCUUACACAUAGAUGGGCAGAGGCAAUUGAGUCCAAGGGGGAGGCGCUAGCGGUUAGUUUGGACAUAGUGAAAGCCUUCGAUCGGGUGUGGAACAGAGCACUGCUCUCGAAGCUUCCAGCCUAUGGGCUACCCGAGAAAUUAUGCGAUUGGAUCUCCAGCUUUCUGUCCGAUCGGAGCAUCAAGGUCGUCAUAGACGGAGCAUAUUCCGACCUUAAACCCGUGAACGCGGGGGUCCCACAAGGCUGUGUUCUAUCCCCGACCCUGUUUCUUCUGCAUAUCAAUGAUAUGUUGCAACUUAGCAACAUUCAUUGA